GUGAUUUGUGACCUUCUUCACGGCCAGGGCUGACAAGGUUUUCCAUCAACAGAGAGCUUAACCCGCUACCUUUCUCUUUCAUCGUCUCGAAGCAAUGUCGAAGAGGAAAACCAGGGAGCCCAAGGAGGAAAAUGUUACCCUUGGACCUGCUGUGCGUGAGGGAGAGCAUGUUUUUGGGGUGGUUCACAUUUAUGCCUCAUUCAAUGAUACAUUUAUUCAUGUAACUGAUUUGUCCGGCAGGGAAACACUCGUUCGCAUCACUGGUGGUAUGAAGGUCAAAGCAGAUAGGGAUGAAUCCUCACCAUAUGCAGCCAUGCUUGCAGCACAAGACGUUGCACAAAGAUGCAAGGAGCUUGGCAUCACUGCUCUUCAUGUAAAGCUUCGAGCCACUGGAGGCAACAAGACCAAGACUCCUGGACCUGGAGCUCAGUCAGCACUUAGAGCCCUUGCUCGUUCGGGCAUGAGGAUUGGUCGUAUAGAGGAUGUGACUCCAAUCCCGACUGAUAGCACGCGCAGAAAGGGUGGUAGAAGAGGAAGAAGGUUGUGAUUUAUCAGUUGCAUUUUAGCUGCUGUUGCCUGUUUUUGGGUGAUGAUUUAUGCUCUUCCUGAGUUGGGUAGUUUGGAUGUAAUUUUUUCCCAAGCGUUUUGAACAUUGUAGCUUUGAUUUGAGUAACGGAAUGCUUAUAUAUUGAGUUAAAAGCAUAGGACAAGAGAUUUGCUGUUAAUUUGCAGUGGUUCUAAGUUCUAAGAACUUCAAGGCGUGCUUUUAGUAAGAAGUUAGGAUCUUAAAAUUUUGGUUUCAAGUCACAUAGGUCUUGGGAA